AUGGUAAAGGUCUUCCAAGUAAAAGCCAAAACGGGAAUACAAAAUCCUACGCGCACUGAAGUUGUAAGUGCAUUUCUUUACAAGUGCAUUGUCUCGGCAGUGAAAACGCGAGAAGUCUCCCACCCCCUCCGACCAUCCCAACUCUUCCACUACGCUAACAUCCGACCGCUGGCUCUCCCGCAGAGCUUAGCCGCAACAUCCGCCGGAAACCUGCUUUCCACGUUUUGCAUAUCAACAACACACGACGACGAAAUGGACGUGGCGAAGUUAGUAGCCGAAUUGAGGAAGGGAAAACAAGGGCUCUAUGCAAAAGACAUGACCAGAGAAAACGAGUUGGCCUUGGAGAUAUACGAAUCCACAAAAAAGGGAGACAAGCCAUACGAGGAGGAUGGGUUUGAUAAGUACUUUUUUAGUAGCGUAUGUAAUUUCCCAUUGUACGACGUGGAUUUUGGAUGGGGGAGACCGAAGCACGUGAGUGUUCCAAUGGGCCCGUUCAAGAACUUCAUUCUCUUGGACCACGGUCCACAGUGA